CGGCCGCCGGCGGGCCGCGCCCGCGCCCAGCGCCCGCAUGUAUAACAUGAUGGAGACGGAGCUGAAGCCGCCGGGCCCGCAGCAAGCUUCGGGAGGCGGCGGAGGAGGAGGCAACCCCACGGCGGCGGCGACCGGCGGCAACCAGAAGAACAGCCCGGACCGCGUCAAGAGGCCCAUGAACGCCUUCAUGGUGUGGUCCCGGGGGCAGCGGCGUAAAAUGGCCCAGGAGAACCCCAAGAUGCACAACUCGGAGAUCAGCAAGCGCCUCGGCGCCGAGUGGAAACUUUUGUCGGAGACCGAGAAGCGGCCGUUCAUCGACGAGGCCAAACGGCUGCGCGCUCUGCACAUGAAGGAGCACCCGGAUUAUAAAUACCGGCCGCGGCGGAAAACCAAGACGCUCAUGAAGAAGGAUAAGUACACGCUUCCCGGAGGGCUGCUGGCCCCCGGCGGGAACAGCAUGGCGAGCGGGGUUGGGGUGGGCGCCGGCCUGGGUGCGGGCGUGAACCAGCGCAUGGACAGCUACGCGCACAUGAAUGGCUGGAGCAACGGCAGCUACAGCAUGAUGCAGGAGCAGCUGGGCUACCCGCAGCACCCGGGCCUCAACGCCCACGGCGCGGCGCAGAUGCAGCCGAUGCACCGCUACGACGUCAGCGCCCUGCAGUACAACUCCAUGACCAGCUCGCAGACCUACAUGAACGGCUCGCCCACCUACAGCAUGUCCUACUCGCAGCAGGGUACCCCCGGUAUGGCGCUGGGCUCCAUGGGCUCUGUGGUCAAGUCCGAGGCCAGCUCCAGCCCCCCCGUGGUUACCUCUUCCUCCCAUUCCAGGGCGCCCUGCCAGGCCGGGGACCUCCGGGACAUGAUCAGCAUGUACCUCCCCGGCGCCGAGGUGCCGGAGCCCGCUGCGCCCAGUAGACUGCACAUGGCCCAGCACUACCAGAGCGGCCCGGUGCCCGGCACGGCCAUUAACGGCACACUGCCCCUGUCGCAUAUGUGAGGGCCGGACCUCGAACUGGAGAAGGGGAGAGAUUUUCAAAAAGAAACAAGGGAAUUGGGAGGGGUGCAAAAGAGGAGAGUAAGAAAAAUCUGAUUUGCUCAAAUGGAAAAAACAAUCUAAUAACCCGCAGCAAAAUGACAGCUGCGGAAAAUUAUCACCAAUCCCAUCCAAAUUAAAGCAAAAACCGUGAUGCCGACUAGAAAACUUUUAUGAGAGAUCUUGGGACUUCUUUUUGGGGGGACUAUUUUUGUACAGAGAAAACUGAGGGCGGCGGGGAGGGCGGGGAAUCCGACCAUGUAUAGAUCUGGAGGAAAAAACUACGCAAAACUUUUUUUUUUUUUUUUUUAAGUUCUAGUGGUACCUUAGGCGCUUCGCAGGGAGUUCGCAAAAGUCUUUACCAGUAAUAUUUAGAGCUAGACUCCGGGCGAUGAAAAAAAAAGUUAAUAUUUGCAAGCAACUUUUGUACAGUA